UAUAAAUGGAACAGCCAAUAACCCAGAAAAGAGCCACAAACACACACUGAUUCAGAGAUGGCAGAAGUGAAGGUUCUAGGUAGUUGGUCAAGCCCUUUCACCGCAAGAGUUGAGGUUGCUCUCAAACUCAAGGGCGUUGAAUAUGAAUUCAUACAACAAGAUCUCUCCAACAAGACCCCCUUGCUUCUCAAAUCCAACCCAGUCCACAAGCAAAUCCCUGUGCUCUUGCACAACGGAAACCCAAUCGCUGAGUCUCUUGUCAUUCUCGAGUAUAUCGACGACACCUUUCCGGGCACUCCUAUUUUGCCCAAACAUCCUUACGAGAGAGCCGUGGCUCGUUUCUGGGCUAAGUUCUUCGACGAAAAGUUCUUGCCUGCAGCGAGGAAAGUACGAUAUAGCAAAGGCGAGGAGCAAGAGAAGGCAAAAGAGGAAGUUCGUGAGCUUCUUAAAGUUGUGGAUAAUGAAUUGAAGAAGAAGAAGUUCUUGGGAGGGGAGACGAUCGGACUUGCAGAUAUAGCCGGCAAUUUCGUUGCCUUAUGGGCUGGAGUGUUGGCAGAAGUUAUGGGGGUGGAACUGGGCAUGACGGAACAAAAAUUCCCUCAUUUAUGUCGGUGGAUGGAGGAUUUCCUCAACUGCAACGUAAUCAAAGAGACCUUUCCUUCUAGAGAUGAACUUGUUGCUUACUACAGUAAGGGAUUCAAGCCAGCAGCUGCAAGUGCUUCUGGGUAAAGCAUUCUUUAUUUGUUUUUUUUUGAAUUGAAAAGUUUGUGAGAGAAGAGUAGUACUAUUCUAGUUCUAGUUUUAUUUCUGCUGUAAUAAAGUUAUUUCUAUAUCUCAUUUCUUGUAUCACUUGUUUGCUUACUAUAUUAAU